AUGGCACUCUUCUCCGUAUUUAAACUUCUAUUCGUAUAUCUGCUUUUGUUCGUAAUCCCUGGAAAAGCCAACAUUCAGCAGCAUAGCAACAGAAUUGAAAGAUGGGCAGAGCAACUUUCAUUUGAAGUAAAUAAUGUCUUAGAGAAGAAUUUUGGUCUAACCAAAUUUCAGAGCCUCAUCGAUCAAGCUUUAUAUCAGAGAAUUUCUUCACAAGGUAGCGAGCUCCUGAAUAAUAUUUCUAUUGCUGUAGAUGAAAAAUUGCAAGAUGUUUUAAGGACAUUGAUUUCAAAUAAAGUGUUAUUGGAGACAGAAUUAAUACUUAAAGAUCGACCAUUCAGGACUGUAAACUGCUGUGAUCGAAGAGGAAAAUUGAGAUAUGAUGCAAGCUUUAGAAGUAACGUUGAUAGAAACUCAUCUUGUGUUCUUCCACCCAGAGGAAAUUCAUAUUUGACAUCACGUUUAGAGGAGAAUUAUAAAAGAAAUGUAUUAACUUCAAAAGCUAUCAAAUGGCAGUAUUUUGGAUCCAAUAAUGGAUCAUAUCAUCAAUACCCCAGAUCUGAACAUCGUUGUGCCAAAGAGGAAAUAUUUGACCCACGAUUAAGGUAA